AUGUCACUAUUUACAAAAUGGUCAACUCUAGUCAGAAUACGACAUUUCGGAAUAUCGACCCGACUAAGAUUAUCAAUUGAGACCCCCGCUCCCAUCCUAAUUGAACCUGAAUUUGAUUUUGAAUCACUCGAAGAAAUAUUCUUAACAUCUGAUCAAGAACCCACAAAAGCCAAGUUCUUCCUUCCACUAGUUCCAAAACGUAUAAUCCCCAUCAAUAAACACGAUAUCACCAUUGACGAGCACGACCAAAUUCGAUUGAAUUCCCCAAUCACACUAAGACAAUCCUGGAAUUAUUAUUAUUCAUUAUGUCAAAACUAUAAAUGGCACACCCGGAGAAAUGUCCUUCAUGUCAGGGGGAAAUGGCUUUCCAUGACCGAUUUAAUGAGAGAAGAAUAUCGAUUGAGUUAUGAAGAAUUGGUAUUGAGUGGGAAAGAUGUUGUGGAUGGACAAUUUGUGGAUCUUAAAUUGGUGCUAUCACCACAUAAAUCGGUACUUAGCGGAAUUAGAUUCGAAUUCAAAAAUGAUACUACUAAUGGUACUAUACUUGAAGAUGAUGUUGCGUUGCUGCAUGCAAAGAAAUAUUAUGAACAAUUGACAUCCCAAAACCAGAACAGAGCUUGGGAAGAAUUGCUUGAUAUCGAGAAACAAGAAUAUCGAGAUGCCUAUAGCGAAUUACUUCGAUCAGGUAGGGAUAUUUUCAACGGCAAAAUCAUUCCUCUUACAUGUGAACCAACACAGAUCAUUGAUAAUCAAUAUAUCAAACCUCCGCCUCAACCUCCUGUCGAAACAGAAGACUUCGAAGUCAACACAGACACAUUAGAAAGGUUCUACAUAAGUUUGAAAACUGUUGAAUAUCUUCCCUAUUUUGGUGGUUGGUCCCGCGAGGUUCAGCGUCAUUUAGGACGUCAAUUUUAUGACACUAUAAAAGGAACGAACAAGGAGCAGUAUUAUAGGAAAAUAUGCUUAGAUUGGUUGGUCCGAUAUAAGCCAUCAAAACUAAUACCAAAACGAGAACGAAAACGAAAGCCAGAAUCAGAGCAUAAAUCAAAUAGAUGCUCCCUUGGCAUGGUUCCAAAGCGUAUAAUCCCAUGCAAUGAACUUGAUAUAAUGAUUGAUGAUAACAACAAUAUCAAAUUGAAUUCCCCAAUCACGCAAAGACAAGCUUGGAAUUAUUAUUAUUCGCUAUGUCAAAACUUUCAAAACACCUAUCGGAGAAGUACACCUUCCAUAAAAGCGCAAUGGCUUUCAAUGACUGAUCUAAUGAGAGAGGAUUAUCGAUUAAGUUAUGAUGCGUUGUUAUUGUGUGGGAAAGAUGUCGCGGAUGGACAAUAUGUGGAUCUCAAAUUGACAUUGGCGGUGAAUAGGUCGGUACUUAGUGGAAUUAGAUUCGAAUUCUGUGAUCCUUAUGGGGUUGAACUUUGGGAAAAUCCCGAUUUGGGACAUGCAAAGAAGUAUUAUGAAGAAUUGACCGGGCCCAGUAAUUUAGAUACCCCUUCUUGGGAGAGUAUGUCUGAUUCAGAAAAAGAAGGAUAUCAAUCCGCUUAUCAAGAUUUGCUUAGUUCAGGUAGAGAUAUGUUCGAGGGUAAGAUCGUGCCACUUACAGAUGUGCCAUUUCUUCACCGUGAUCAAGAAUAUAUCGAACCAGAACCUGAACCUCCAGUCGAAAUAGAUAAAUUUACGAUAAAUAGUAGAACUCAACAAACAUUCUAUUCUUGGUGGAAAGUGGUUAAAUAUCUUCCGUUGAAUAUGAAUUAUGACUAUUUGUAUUUUACGUAUUUACCCAGUCAAUUUCGAAGUUUAAAGGGUCCUGAAGCAGAAUAUUGUAGGAGGGUUUGUUUAGAUUGGGCGGUUCGAAGUCAACAUCCAACACUAAAACGAAAACCGGAACCAAAACCAAAACCAGAACCAAAACCGAAACCUAUGAAGCCGACACCUCCUCUCAUAAGAGAAUCGUGGUUUUGA